GUCUCUGGUCAGGGUAAAACGGCCAACCAGUUCCUGGCCUUAUUAGCGUGACGUAUACACACAUUUUUUAGCGACUCAAUCGUUAUAAGAGCCGUCGGCGUUCCAUGCUUCGGUAACUUUGCGUGGAAUCGAUUAUGGUAUAUGAAUCUUCGUGUAUAUAUUUACCUGUCAGUGUGAAAGAGGUGUACAGAGCACCUGAGCAGCUAAGUUUUGUGUUUCGUGUGAUUGUUUGACACAGUGCUAAUCGUAUAUGGUAAAUUUGAUAUAUACGUCUAUUUAAAACACAUUUCGCUGAUCAUACCUGUGUUACUGAUUAGAUAAUUCGCCAGUGUAGGGAGUUUAAGAAGGAGAACACCCACCUGUGUUUUACCACCUCACAGAAUGGCUGGAUAUCACAUCCUUGUGAUCGCCGUGCUCCAGUCGCUGUUUUUCCUCCCUGGAAAUGGACAUGUUGCUCUGACCUUCCCUCCUGCUAGGAAAUACGCCUUUGAUUUCCUCGAUAACCUCCGUACGCCAGGGCCCUGUGGAAUGCCCAAAGGUUUGGGCCCUCUCACUACUUUAAAAGCAGGGACGAGAAUUAUUGUGACGUGGCAUCUAGCGUAUCCUCACCAGGGAGGAUUCCAUCUCGCCUUGCUGGACGCAAAUGAUAGUGUGAUAUACAACUUUUUCACAGACUUCAUUGGCCAACAGGACCCCACGACCGUCCAUCAUGAAAUUACAAUCCCAGACAUGACCUGCAACAACUGUUCUCUACAAUUGACCAGGGUAGCAGGAGAAUGGCAACUUGCCACGUGCGACUACAUAUUUUGGUCAUGCGCAGACAUCGAUAUUAUUCCCAGUUCGUCAACAGCGCAGUUUGAUAAAUGCAAUGGUCAACCGGUGGUCAAUACCCCCGGUGGUGGGUACACCUGCAGCUGUAUCAGUCGUUACCAUGGCGACCAUUGUCAGUAUAUGAACGACUGUGAAACUAACAGUGACUGUAGUAACCAUGGUCUGUGUGAGUAUGUAGAAGCCACCUCCUACCCUAAGCGUCAGUGCUAUUGUGAUCCGGGCUGGUUCGGACAGAACUGUGAACAUGAGUCGAUGGUUCGGACAACAUCGGUUGACAAGUCCCUGUAUGUACACACCAAUCUCUCAGCACAGUUUCAGAUGUACCACAGGGUGCUUGAGACUGAACAGGAAUUGGAGGUACUACUUGAGGUUCAGACACAGACUUGGGUUGGAAUUGGACUUCGCCCUAAUGGUUACAGAAGUGGAUGUCAGCAUUUUCCAGUUAAUUACAGAUCUUCUGGGUCAAGUACAGGUGAACCAGAACCUAGUGUAGAACCCGAGGUCACAUCAGAACCUGAGGUCACAUCAGAACCAGAGGUCACAUCAGAACCAGAGGUCACAUCAGAACCUGAGGUCACAUCAGAACCCGAGGUCACAUCAGAACCCGAGGUCACAUCAGAACCAGAGGUCACACCAGAAGCUACAGCGGAACCACAGGCCCCCCAUACUUGUAGUAAUAGUGCGACGUCUGGCACACAUACAUUGACAUGGGAAGUGACAGCGGGCAGUAACGACAUCAAGUUUACACACACAGCGACUGUUGCUGGUGACAAGUGGAUGGCUUUUGGCAUUUCCUACGAUAAAUUUAUGCUUGGCUCUGAUGUGUACACAAGCUACAUCCAUGGGAGUGGACAAGUUUACUUACUGGACAGUAAUACCAUUGGGGCCAAUGCAAAGACUAUGCCAGUAAUUGAUCCCAUUUCCAGUGUCAUGAAUGUCUCUGGUUCUCAAAAUGGUAACAGCAAAUCUGUAAGCUUCUGGAGACUGAGAGAUACUUCUGAUAUCAACGAUAUAAAACUUUUGGAAACAACCCAGUUCCAUGUGUUAUUUGCUGAAGGAACUAAUUUCGUAGAUUUAAAUGGAGUGUUGAUGUAUGGGAAACAUGACUUGAAAAUGCGCACAGACAGGACUUUCACCAUCCCAAAGUGUGAAAGACCAACAACUUCCAUCCCAGAGCCCGAGGCGACGCCCACACCAGAAGUUGCAGUGACAGCUAUUCCAAACCUCCGUACUUGCAGUCAUACCCUGAGCAGUUCAAGUAACACUCACACGUUGACAUGGGAAGUGACAGAGGGCAGUAAUUACAUCAAGUUUACCCACACAGCAGCUGUUUCUGGUGAUAAAGUCUGGGCUGCCUUUGCAAUUUCUCUUGAUACCUCAAUGCUGAACUCGGACAUGUAUGUCAGUUCUAUCGAUUCUACUGGAAAUACUCAUCUGCUGGACAGCAACACUAUGAGUAUGAGUUACAAGAGCCAGCCAACUUUGGAUUCUAAUCAAAAUGUGAUGAAUGUCGCUAGCUCUAAAACCGACUCCAUGCAAACUGUUACCUUCCGGAGACUGAGAGAUACGCUAGACAGCAAAGAUAUAGCAAUUACAGAAGCAACACAAUUCUACGUUUUAUUUGCACAUGGACCCAACUUUAUCCCGGAUGGACAAGGGGGGGCCAGCUACAAUUAUCAUACUGCAAAAGAAAUACACAGCCCAAUGACAACCAUCCCUAAGUGUGAAAGACCAACAACAUCCACUCCAGAACCUGAGGCGACACCCACACCAGAAGUUGCAGUGACAGCUCUUCCAGACCUCCGUACUUGCAGUCAUACCUUGAGCAGUUCAAGUAACACUCACACAUUGACAUGGGAAGUGACAGAGGGCAGUAAUUACAUCAAGUUUACCCACACAGCAGCUGUUUCUGGUGAUAAAGUCUGGGCUGCCUUUGCAAUUUCUCUUGAUACCUCAAUGCUGAACUCGGACAUGUAUGUCAGUUCUAUCGAUUCUACUGGAAAUACUCAUCUGCUGGACAGCAACACUAUGAGUAUGAGUUACAAGAGCCAGCCAACUUUGGAUUCUAAUCAAAAUGUGAUGAAUGUCACUAGCUCUAAAACCGACUCCAUGCAAACUGUUACCUUCCGGAGACUGAGAGAUACGCUAGACAGCAAAGAUAUAGCAAUUACAGAAGCAACACAAUUCUACGUUUUAUUUGCACAUGGACCCAACUUUAUCCCGGAUGGACAAGGGGGGGCCAGCUACAAUUAUCAUACUGCAAAAGAAAUACACAGCCCAAUGACAAUCAUCCCUAAGUGUGUAUCACUAACAACUCCUCGACCUGAACCUGAAGCUACAUCUGAACCUAGAGUUACGCCUGAAGUUACGUCUGAACCUGAAGUUACGCCUGAACCUGAAGUUACGCCUGAACCUGAAGUUACGUCUGAACCUGAAGUUACGUCUGAACCUGAAGUUACCUCUGAACCUGAAGUCACAUCUGAACCUGAAGUUACGCCUGAACCUGAAGUUACGCCUGAACCCCCUGCACCUGAGCCACACAUAUGUAGAGGUCAUUGGAACUGUGAUCAGUGCCAUCAAAAUAUAUCUUGGGAAUUCAAUGUCGACACAGAUGAGAUUGUCUUCACAAUGAGUGCUGAUAUUUCAAAUGGGAAUUAUUUUGCCGCAGGAAUAUCAACAGAUCAAAUAAUGCCAAAAAGUGACAUCUUCCUGGUUGAGGCCAACACCAUGACAGUUACUGACAGGUGGGCCACCACACAAUCACAGCCUUUAAUGGAUAUGCAACAAGAUGACAUUAGAAAGAUUGAUUCGUCUCGCGUUGGGACCAUGUCUACUAUUCGUUUUGCAAGGUUUAGAACAACAAAUGACCCCAACACGGACUGGCAGUUCACAGAUACUACCCGAUUCUACAUCUUAUUCGCUCAGGGAACGUUCACCGCUCCACACACUCCUUCAUAUCAUGGUGCCAAGCGUUACAUUUCUCCAUCUACUUUCAAAAUAGACACCUGUGCAAAACCAGAGCCAGAGCCGGAGGGACCAACUGGAGAACCGACCGGAGAACCGGAGGGGGAACCUGAAGGAUCAUGUGAUGGUUCAUCUGGACCAAGUGGCACUUCUGUCACAACAGGAAGUGCUGUACAUGCAAUGGACUGUACUGACAUGGUAAUUGGCUCUGCGAAGGGACAUCGAAGUCGUAUUGGAGAUUACUACUCGAGGGAUCGCUCCACUCCACAUAGGGACACAUACUUUGGAGGUAGCGAAAGUCUGACAGCUGCCGUUGGUACUGAGGAGGGUGGAGUCACCAGAAUCUUGUACAGGAGGAAAUUAACAGCCAAUGAGAGAACAGAUUAUGAAAUAACCAAUGACUUCAUGCACGUGAUCUGGGCACAUGGGCAGGAACAUUCUGGUUAUAAUCACCUCCCUAAUUCUGGUCUGGAGGCCGUAGCCACAGCUUCCAAUAAACUAUUCUACAAAGUGGAUGAAUUGAAAUACCAUGGUAACAUCAAACGAGGAACAAAUAGAGUCAACUUUUUGAAAAAACCUACAACAGACCCCGGCCAAUCAGAUAGCUGCAUGUGGUCAAACGGAGAUCACAUGGUGACCUGGAUGUACGUGCCGGCCGAGUCUGCUAUAAGAUUUAGCAUGACAGCUCAAGUUGCGGAUAAUCAGUAUAUUGCUCUGGGUUUGUCUGCUAACAAUGAAAUGCCUGAUACUGAUGUCCUGGCCGGCUGGGUUGUAGACGGGGUAGCAGUAAUGACCGACAGGUGGGCCGCAGGUAGAUUCAUGCCAGUAGAGGAUACAAACUCCUCCUUAACUGAUGUCUCAGGAUCUCGGGCAAACGGUAUCACCGUCCUCAACUUUACCAGGCCACUUACCACCCCUGACACAGCAACAGACAUACAACUAACCCCAGAUUCCUGCCUAAACUUCUUCUUUGGUCUGGGAGGAACAUUUGACCCAGUCACUAAGAAUAUUGGUUACCAUGACAGCACACCAAUUAGACAGCAGUUCUGUGUCCAGUGUGGUGGCGGUGCCCAAUCUACGACACCUGCACCCACAACUGUGACUGGGCCCAAACAUACAGUUACCGUGCAGAUCAGACUUCUGAACAUCCUUUGGCAGGAAGAAUUUUCGGACGAAACCUCUAAUGCAUUCAGAUCACUGAAGUCUCGGGUAGAAGCAAGUUUGGUAACCUCUUUAUCACAAAUUUCCGGCUUCGUGGUUGUCUAUGUAAAAGGGUUUAAACGAGGGAGCGUGAUUGUGGAUUCUACAGUGGAGGUUGUUGGAUCUGCCGUGAGGGUCAGAACUGAUGUCAACACAACUUUACAGAAUGCCUUGGGCUCCGGCAAUUUGGGGGGCUUUUCUGUUGAUACCUCUUCUUUAACAAUAAGUGAGGCUCAAGAAGUUGUCGCAACAACCAUGAAACCUGUUGAUGUGGACACUGUGGAAGAUCUGCCGCUUCCUCUCAUCAUCAUCCUGGCAUUUGUUGGGGCUGCUGUACUUCUCGUCCUCCUUCUGGGCAUAUGCAACUUUGUCCGCAGCCACAACAAGAAGCAUCAAGCCAAGGAGGAGCACAGAUAUUUACCUGAACAUUUGAAUGGCAAUGGCAGCAACGGCAGUAGUCAGGUGACCAGGUCGGGAUUUAAACAGAAUAGUAAAACGAGUGAAAAUCAGUAUCAGAGCUGGGUAGAAAGUACCAGUGGACCAAAUACCAACCCUGCUUACGAUGGUCUCAUCUACGACAACCAGCAUAUGCAGCCUACAUAUGCUCCUCAGCUUCAGGCGAUGCACCAGAUGCCUGUCAUUCAGAAUAUCCAGCAACAACAAAGCAAGGUUCCUCAGCGAAAGCCGGCCAGCAUACAGACCCAACAGGCACAGCCUCAAAAGCAGCCACAGCCAGCCAAUGAUGUCCCUCAGCAGGAGCCGGAAUUCUGUAUCGAGACCUACGUCACAAAUUAGAAAACAGGCUUCUCAAGGAGUCGGGGAAAGUUUGGGUUAUGCUAUUUUCCUGAUGUUUUGAACAGUUCCUUUGUACUUAUAUCCCCAGACCAGAUAUCAAAUAGUGUUUACAUAGAUAAUAUGGUCUAGCUUUAUCCCCAGACCGGAUAUUAAAUAGUGUUUACAUAGAUAAUAUGGUCUAACUAUAUCCCCAGACCAGAAAUUAAAUAUAUUAAAUAGUGUUUACAUAGAUUAUAUGGUCUUUGGAAAGUACAACAAUAGCUAUAUACUAACUUAAUUGUUUGACAUGUCGGGCAAAGACAUCAUAUCAGUAAAAUGACAUUUUGAUGGAAAAAUUGUAUAUCUCUUUAAAGGUGUUUUUUGGCAAAUCAAGCCGAUGCCAUGUUCAUCAGAUUUAUGCAACAUCAGACCUAACCUCAUGACAUUAAAAAACCUGUUUACAGUUCAAAAACAUUGAUGUUGGGUGUGGAAUGGUAUGAUAUAACUUUUGUAUUGUUAUAAAAGUUUGGCCAAUAAAAGUGAUAUAUCGUUGUCAUUUUCAAAAACAUUAUAUCAAUUGGUAAGACUUAUACGCUCCUUAGAAUGCCUUAGAAAAACGUUCCUUUUAGAAGAUUUAUUUUUUCAAUGAUUUCACAUACGCAACGGGUAAAUUUUUCUAACUGCUUUCUUCAAUCUUUGUCUUUAUUUGCCUGACUGUAUCCAAAUUAUGUAUUUUUUAUGCAAUAAUCCUUUUUUGUCAUUAAUUUUAUAUUAGGUAAAAAAUAAGCAACAAAAUGAGUAAAAAAAUAAAAGUCUUAUUCAAAUACUACCAAAAGUAGCACCAACACCAGGGGAAGUAACUUUGACUGCAAUUAUUAUUAUUUAAGUGUCAUACUAGUGAGUGUUCAGGUGUCUAAUAACAAGUAAAAAUCGGGUUUUACUUUUUUGUAUAAUGGAAUUAAGCAUAAAUAUCACAAAUAUAGCUUAUGAGAGCAUUAAAUAUUUUUUUUAAUUUGAUAUUUAACCCUCUGAUAUAACAUGUAUCUCUCAACAUAGUACUGUAGCCAUGAUGUACUGCUACUGGAAUGUUUUGUGUCUGUGUGUAUUAUCGGCCAAAACAGAUAUUGUCUCUUUGUAUUCCCAUGUCCCAUUGUUACUUUGUUGUCUAUAUGAAAUAUUUCUCCAGUAAGAAAGUGCUAUAUGAAAAAGAGAAUGACGUUUGAAAGGAAUAAUGUUCACUAUUAUAUAAAGUUUAAGAAAAAGAAUAUUAAAUCGGCGACGGAUCUAGAGGGGUUUUCUGACCCCAAUUGAGUUAAUUUUCCACAUUUAUGUGAUAGUUUCAAGCUAUUUGUAAUUUUGUUUUACAGAUAGAAAUUAAUGUUACCUUAUAAAACAAAACACACACACACACACAAUAAUAAUCACAAGAUAGAUUGAAAAGUUUUUUGAAACAAAUUUUUGUUAUGUAAUUAAUACAUACAGAAAUGGAAAGGAAUGUAAGAGGAUAACUCGGGUGAACGAUUUAACAUAAUGUGCUUAAUGAUAGCUUGUCAUGAAAGAUGUGUGAAGGCCAAUUUUCUACAGCUUUCAUAUUACAAUAUUAAUCUAUUUGUUGGGAUAACUCAUGUUUGAUACAUUAAUUAUUGUUUACAUCACAUUAUCAUUUUUUAGUGAAGUCUCUUUUGUUAUAAAUGUUACAGUGUUCAUAUUUGUCCAACUUAUCUUUAAAUAUUAGCUCACAUCACAUUCCAGUGUAUAACAUGUUAAAAAAUUAAGAAACUUAUUGUCAUAUUGAAUACUCGAGGACUAUAAAGUGAAAAGUAAACUUGAUUUAUUUUGCAUCAAUUGUGAAACCGGUUAUGUCAACUUAUAUAAUCACUCUUGUUGGCCCGUAUGUUAGCGCGCCAGAGAAAUAUCUGGUCGUCGGGCAGGUAACCCCAUACCUUUUCAUGUCCGGUUGGGGAAUCAAACCCAGGCUGCCUUGGUGAAAGACAAGUGCUCAACCCACUACCAACCCACCAAAUAAUAAUAGUUCUAGAAAUAUGAAUAAAUCAGAAACAAAUAUAAUAAAAAAAUACUCGCACAGAUAAUUAACCAGGAAGCAUAUCAGGUACCUUAGUCUACACUUCUCCAGGAAAUCAGUGUUAUUGAUAAUUAGGAAGAAGUUGGUUGAUAUAGUCCCUAGGACAAAUGUUAUGUAGGUAGAAACAGAUUUAUUUUUCAAAUGAAUACUUUUUCUUAUUUCUAUGUACCCAUAAUUCUUCAUAUACUCGCUUAGGGUAUUUAUUUAUCUGUUGUAUCGUAUUAAAUGAAACGGAAUCGUUGAGACGUUGCAAACAUUUGUAAUUAAAAUAUGCUGCUCAAGAUAAAUAUCUAUUUUUAUAUCAUGAUUGAAAUCAAACAUGAAUAUGUGAUUUCUCUACUUGUCUGGAUCCAGGUUAUCUCGAGCUUGGAUAAUUAACUAACAUUGUAAAGAUACUAAGUCAAUUUUUUUAUUUUAUUUUUUAUUUUUUAUUUUUCAAAAAUAUGUGAAGAAAUAUAUUUUCAUGGAUACUGUAUUAUCUAAAAGUGACCCUUUUGAAUUGCAGGUCAUGUCUUUUUUUUUCAGUUUUGAUAAAUACGAAGAUUAUUUCUGAGUUAAAUUUGACCUAAAUGUGCCAUAUAAAUACAUUAUAUAUAUACAACCUUAAAGAAGUUGAUUAGAACAAUCCUUGUGAUAUAUUUCUUACUGGUGAUCAUUGAAUAUUUACUGCUUAGCACAUAGAGAUAAAGUGGUAUUUUCUUCAUGUUUGAUGUUUUGGCAUGAACAGAAGUUGGAUGCAUACACAUUCCAGGAAGCCUGCUGUAAUAUUUCCAAUCAAAAAUUAUAUUUAUUAUUGUGAUCUAAAUAAAACCGUUCCCUAAUAUUUGCAGUAUGGAAAUGUCAGUAUCACCACUGCAAACAAUAUUCACGGAACAGCCUUUCAUCAACUGUUGUUUACCGAUGAUGUCACAUUAUGCAAGAUGGGAGGAGAUAUAAGCAUCAAAUUGACACUGAUUCCAACUACGUUCAUGACCCAAUGAAUGUAAUUUCUUCUGGUAGAGUUUAUAUCGGAACUUUAUUUCAAUACUGUUUAAUAAAAGAGAAACAUUUCCUUGUUUACCAUGGGAAACUUUGUAUAUUGUAAUUCACUGUAAUUUUGCUUAUCAGUGUUAAACAUUGUACACGAUAGUCUAGCAUAAACACACUUUUUUUAUUAGAAAUGAUACACCUGAUAAUUGAUAAUGAAUGCAUUUCUUUGAUUACUUGAAUAAAUGUAUUCCAUGAUUUAUCAAUUCUACAAUUUUUUUAUUCUAUUUUGAUAUAAAUGCGGUACAGUACCAUAUGUGCUAAUUGUGAAAGUAUAGCAACUCUGCUUGCAUAAAUUGAAUGCUAUAUGUAAAUUUUAAGGCAAACAUGGCUGAGUUUCAGACUGGAGAUAAUCAAGCAAAAACAAAAAACCUUGCAAAAAACUUGCUUUAAUGAAAAUUGUUUUUUUUUUAAAAACAUUCAGCUUCAAUAAGUUGCAAUCACAUAAAAAUUACUUCUGAUAAACAUUUGUAGAUCGUAUACACACAAUGUUUGUUCACAUUUUGUAUACUCCACUCACAAAUGACUUGCAGUUUUGUAAGAAGAAAUAAAAUAUGCCAAGCUAUCAAACAA